AGUCUGUUCUUAGUCAUCAUCCAGCAUCCAGAUCAAGAUGAGUUACUACACCACAGUAUUGACACUAUUGUUCUUGGCAGAAAUAGUUAUGGGAUCAUGUGACACAAAAUUAGGGUGUUCGCUUCUUAGUGAUCUCCUCGAAAUGGCAAUGAAACAUAAGAGUCCAGAUAAAGGCUGUCAGUGUCUGAGUAGAACCACAAUCCCAGCCUUUCAAUCAAUGCUGACUCAACCACAAACCCCUGGAGACAAAGGUGUUAUCAAGUUUGAUAAAGUUGUCACCAAUAUACGAAAAGGCUAUAACCCAACCACUGGUAUUUUUACCGCUCCAAUUGCUGGAGUUUAUCAGUUUUCUUAUACUGUAAUGACUCAGCCUGGAAAGCAUCUGAUUGUCUACCUUUCUCAUAAUAAUAUAAAGCAACAAACCACAUGGCUGAAAGGUACUAGUCAUGAGACUGGAACAGCAAUUACUAUUUUAAACCUGAAGAAAGGGGAUCAAGUUGAUGUAAAGGUCCUGGGCAGGGACACUAUUAACAGUAAUAGUGCUGACAUACUUAGCUGGUUUUCUGGCUAUCUCAUAGCACAAUAAAAUAUAAUAUACCUUG